GGUCGCCUGCGAGCAGGUUGUUGUUUUUAUGAGAGGCGUCACUGCUCUCGGAGCUGUGACCGCCGCCACCGCGACAGCUAACGCCGUCGGGCGGAGGUGGCGCUGCUCCUUCAGGUACGGCCCUGGGCGAGUUUGGACCCCAGGAGGGGAGUCCGGGCCAACUGUCGGGGUCCUGGCUCAGCCGCCUGGCGGAGGCGGUCGCGGGGUUUCCGCCGAAGGGGGGCUUGACCCUAGACGCUCGGUGUUUGCGGCCGCCUGGGUGGCCUCCUCGGAAGGCGAGUCUGCAUCCCCCGUGGCGGAGCCGGUUCGGUGGUCCUGCAGCCUCGGUUCCCUGCGUUGCAGACGCGAGCGGUGUGCCGGGAGUGUGAGGAAGCCGACAGCCCAGGGGACGCACCCGCCUUCCUCCGCUGGGCUGGCUUAAGGCUCUCCUCGGUCCUGAUUGAUGAGAAUCCAUAUGACCUGAAAAAUGUCUGAAAAUUCCAGUGACAGUGAUUCAUCUUGUGGCUGGACUGUCAUCAAUCAUGAGGGGUCUGAUAUAGAGAUGGUGAAUUCGGAACAUGCAGCCAAUGACAGCUGUGAGCUCCCCCCAGAAUGUUCAUCUUUAUCACAAGAGGAGCUACAAGUAUUGCAGUUAGAGCAGGGAGAGAGCAGCCAGAAUGACACAGUGUUAAUGGGAGGAACUACUUAUCCAGCUUUGGAGGAAAUGAAGUCAGCACUUGAGGGAGAGGAAGAAAAGUUACCUGAUGACAAUCUCUAUUUUGGAACUGUCAGUGAUGAUUCUGAUAUUGUUACACUUGAGCCACCUAAGUUAGAAGAAACUGGGAAUCAAGAAGAAGCAAUAAUUGUUAAAGAAGCACAGAGUCCAGAAGACUUUAACAUGGGCUCUUCCUCUAGCAGCCAAUAUACAUUUUGUCAGCCAGAAACUGAAAGGUGGUGGGAGAAGCUGUGGAAGAUUCCUGAAUGCAUAAGGGGAUGGGAUGAUCAGCUGAAACACCAUGUUCCUAGCCAACUCGCUUUCCAAGUAUUUUCAUCUCAGCCUAGCGAUGACGAAUCAAGUAGUGAUGAAACCAGUCAUCAGCCCAGUCCGGCCUUUAGACGACGCCGUGCUAGGAAGAAGACUGUUUCUAGUUCAGAAUCUGAAGAAAGAUUACUUGCUGAACAAGAAACUGAACCUUCUAAGGAGCCGUGUAAACGUCAGUUCAAUAGUGGUCUCAAUAAAUGUGUUAUACUUGCUUUGGUGAUUGCAAUCAGCAUGGGAUUUGGACAUUUCUACGGCACAAUUCAGAUUCAGAAGCGUCAACAGUUAGUCAGAAAGAUACAUGAAGAUGAAUUGAAUGAUAUGAAGGAUUAUCUUUCCCAGUGUCAACAGGAACAAGGGUCAUUUAUGGAUUAUAAGUCAUUGAAGGAAAACCUUGCAAGGUGUUGGACCCAUACUGAAGCCGAGAAAAUGUCCUUUGAAACUCAGAAAAAGAACCUUGAUACAGAAAAUCAGUAUCUAAGAAUAUCUCUGGAGAAGGAAGAAAAAGCCUUAUCUUCAUUACAGGAAGAGUUAAGGAAACUAAGAGAACAGAUUAGGAUAUUGGAAGAUAAAGGGACAAGUGCUGAAUUAGUUACAGAAAAUCAGAAACUUAAGCAGCAUUUGGAAGAAGAAAAGCUGAAAACACAAAGCUUCCUUAAUCAAAAGGAGACUCUGUUGGCAGAAGCAAAGAUGCUAAGGAGGGAACUGGAAAGAGAACAACUAAUAACCAUGGCUUUAAGGGUGGAACUCCAGCAGCUAAGCUCUAGUCAGUCAUAUAGCGACCCAGACUCUCCCAGUGUAGUGACUGAAAAAAAGGAAAUAGAAGUGUUACGGAAAAGACUCACUGAGCUGGAGCGCAAGCUAAACUUUGAACAGCAGCGUUCUGACUUGUGGGAAAGACUGUAUGUUGAAGCAAAAGAUCAAAAUGGAAAACAAGAAACUGAUGGAAAAAAGAAAGGGAACAGAGGAAACCACAGAGCUAAAAAUAAGUCAAAGGAAACAUUUUUGGGUUCUGUUAAGGAAACAUUUGAUGCCAUGAAGAAUUCUACCAAGGAGUUUGUGAGGCAUCAUAAAGAAAAAAUUAAACAGGCUAAAGAAGCUGUAAAAGAAAAUCUGAAAAAAUUCUCAGAUUCAGUUAAAUCCACUUUCAGACAUUUCAAAGAUACCACCAAGAAUAUCUUUGAUGAAAAAGGCAAUAAAAGAUUUGGUGCUACAAAAGAAGCAGCAGCUAAAAAACCAACAACAGUUUUUAGUGAAUAUUUAUAUCCACAGUAUAAGGCACAUACACAAAACCAGAAUAGUAGAGGCCCUACUACGCAAAGAGAGAGAAGGAAAGAAAAGCCUCAUUUUGAAGAAUUUGGAAAAAAUACAAAUUCACAGAAAUGCGGUGCUGAGCAUGACUGUGGUGAAAAUUAUAAUUCUUUCAGAAAGGCUUGUUCUGGUGUAUUUGAAUGUGCUCAACAGGAAUCCAUUAAUCUUUUUAAUGUUAAAAUGUUGAAUCCUGUAAGGAUAGAUGAAUUUAGACAGUUAAUUGAAAGGUAUUUAUUAGAAAAACUGGAUAGUUUUCAUCAUUGGAAAGAACUUGAUCACUUCAUCAAUAAGUUUUUCCUAAAUGGUGUCUUUAUACAUGAUCAGAAGCUCUUCACUGACUUUGUUAAUGAUGUUAAAGAUUAUCUUAAAGACUUGAAGGAAUAUCAAGUAGAUAAUGAUGGAGUAUUUGCGAAGUUGGAUGGAUAUAUAUAUAGACACUUCUUUGGUCACACCUUUCCCCCUCCAUAUGGACCCAGUCGACCAGAUAAAAAGCAACGUAUGGUAAAUAUUGAAAGCUCCAGGCAUCGAAAACAAGAGCAGAAGCACCCUCAGCCACAACCUUAUAAAAGGGAAGGUAAAUGGCAUAAAUAUGGUCGCACUAAUGGAAGACACAUGGCAAACCUUGAAAUAGAAUUGGGGCAAUUACCUUUUGAUCCUAAAUAUUGACCAUCACGAUUAAGUUAAAUUAGAAAACUGUAACAGAAACUUGGAUGCUUUCUAUACUGUUUGGUGUUGAAACUAAGGUGAAAUUAUCAAGAUAACGAAAUGUCUUUUUAUCAUUUCUAAGUAUCAGUUUGAUGAUUUUAUAUUAUUACUCAGAAGCAUCAAGCAAAAGCUUACUAACUUGCAUUUUCCUGUAGUUUAGCUUUGCUGAAUUUUUUUUGGCACUAGAAAUGUUCAACUGUAGAUUUUUUAAGGAAGCCAGGCAUGCAACAGAUUUUGUGCAUGAAAUGAGACUUCCUUUCAGUGUAUGAGCUUAAAGCAAGUUCAAAUCAUACAUCACGAAGUGUAAUUAACACUGAUCUUUGUGUUAAAUUUCCAGUAGAGCUUGAAAAAAGUACAUUGUGAUGGAAUUUCAUCUCUAACAUUUUAUAAUCUUACACUUGUCUUUUUUGUGGGUUCAAGAGCCCGUUGACUUGUGAAGAAUUUGCUGCCUUAUGAGCUUGCUGACUUGUUCUCUUGUGAAAUUUCUUGCACAUCUGAAUAUUGUGGAAGAAACAAUAAAAGUACACCAUGAGGAAAACUAAAGGUCUUUAUUUAAAAUCUGGCAUUGCAUUAUUAAUAUAUGAUUUUAUAUUUUGUGAUUUUUUCAUAUAUUUCCUCAGUAGUGAUAUUUGGUAAAGCAGUUCAUAGUGGUUUUCUGCUAGUUCCACGAAUUUUACCCAGUAUUUACUAGCAUAUUUAAGCAGCAUCUGGAUAUUUCUGCUCAGCAAUGUCUAUUUCUCUGAGAAAGAUCUAAACAAAGUCAGAAUUUCAUGUUCAUGUUUGGUUGAGUUUCCUUUUUAACUUCCGUUCAUAGACGUAUAUGUGACUUCCAGUUCGACGCUCCGGAAAGUGAGUGUGGAAGAAAACAGCAGUUCUCUCAUACUUGUUUGAAAUUAGGAAAGGAUUUAUUUCCUAGAAGUAAAUAAAUGUUUAAGUAAAUAAAGGCUACAUUUUGCUGAGUACUGUUUCAAGAAUUUAAGAAUGACCUAUUUGUUCUUCUGAAACCCUUUUCUUAAUAAAACAAUGCAAUUUCUUAAUAAAAUAAUUAACUCAUGGUAAGUAACAUAUUCCUUGGUAGUUAUAGAACUAGGGCUGAUUUGGACUAGGGAAAAGACCAGUUAUAAAAUACGGGUUGAAAGGGACCAUAAAAAAUGUGAUGUUGUCUAUUUACCUGAGUGUUUGCUAAACCUGAGGUGAAAUAAAAACACUGAGUUAUACCUUUUUUUACAUCCCCUUACCUCCUCCAAGAUGCUGAAG